AUGCGGAUAAAAAAGACCGCUACAGCCAAACAUGAGGCAACUCUCUCCCCCUUCCUGCGAAGCUUUAUCGCCAAAGCAACCUCUAUUCCAGUGAAUGAGCUUCUUCCAUAUCUCUCAACAUUCCCUAUACAUUGGCCAUUUCCUCGUGGUGACCUUUACCAUUGGAUUACGCUCCUGAAUCGUUUCGAUACCAUUCUUGAAGAGCAAGUUCAAAAGUACAAACUCAAGGAGGGGCCACAGACAAUACCAUGGGAGCAAAGCGAUGAAGAGCUUGUAGUGGGGGUUUUGACAUUUAGCAGGAUUUUGGUAGAAAAUUGUGGUAACAGGAGUCUAUACGGUAGUAGCGGGCACAUUAACGACAUACUGCACACAACGUCUUUGGAUGUAGUCGAGGCUUCGUUGCGGCUUGGAUGCCGUCUUGCGCAACGGUACCAUACCUCAAGAACUCGUGGCGCUAGCCAGUCAACGAAUGCUGCUUUGUUGGCUUCACACUACAACAUUAAUCUCGAGCGGGUAUCAAAGCUGGCAACGCCUUUCUUGAAAAGUGUUGCUAUUGCCAGCACCCCGUCUGGGAAGAACGUCACCACAAAGGCCGUAGUACCAGUGUAUGCAAAUGACCUUACUAGACUCGCUCGGGACGAGAAGCCUCUGGACAGUGCGGAGGCGCUUGGGAGUAGUGGGAAAGGGAAAGGGAAAGCCACCGAUACACGGGAAGCGAACUGGGAAGAAUGGGGAGGAGCAUGGGUCAGCUACUAUGUCAACCCCACUGCACAAAAGACUCCAGCAGUCCCUGCAACAGGUGGGGUUUUUAUUCCGAGAGAACCUGUUACACCAACCCCAAUCCGUCGGUCGUCGUUACACCAUUCACACACCCCUCAUCAGCAGCAGGUUCCUUCGUCUCACCCUAGGAGACGCUCAAACGAUGAUUCUGUGGUUGACCCAUCUGAUCUAGCCUCUGUAGGCGGUAUGCAGACCCUUGAAGUUCCCUAUAGUAAAAUACAGGCUGCGCCAAAUCUUGAGGAGAUACUCAAAACAACACUCCCUGAACUACCCGCCGAUACUCACUAUGAUUUUCUCCACCGGCUUCGUGUCGCUUCAGCUCUUGCCGGAUCGACAAAAACUCGAAGACAGAUUCUAGGAAUUCGAAUUCUUGCAUUGACAAACUUGGCUUACGUGUAUUCUGAGACUCAAUUCGCUUCCAAAAUUUUGGCACCCGACCAGGAUGAACCACGGAGAUUUCAGCUAGUAUAUCAGCUUGCGGAGCUAGUACACACCGGGGAUGGGAAGAGUGGGACAGGAAAAGGAAAAGAAAUUCCCAGGUGGCUGCAGACACUCGCACUUGGUGGCCUUGAAGCUCUCGCGAGACACAAGAGCAAGACCGCUGAUGUUUGCGCUGCUUUGAGUAUCAAUGUCAAUCAUGGUGUCCUCUUGUAUGUCGUUAGGAAAGCUGUGGCAGACCUGGCAAUCGAAAAAUAUGACGAGGAAUAUGAUAAAGAGGCAGAGGAGUGGCGAGAGGCUCUAUUUUCAUUAGUGGGCUACUUGCCAACCACUGCUCAUGCAGGUUCAUUACUUGUCUCAGCUGGACUCAUUCCUAUUCUGGUAGAGCUUCUCCAACUUCGAACUAAAAAAGCUCUUAGGAGCAUUCCUAAGGCGAUCAGUUUUCUGGAUCAGUUAAUCUAUAGUGUUCAGCACGCAUUUCAGACCUUGGCUAAUGCUAGAGGAUUGGAUGUCGUUGUCGAUCUUGUUUCUGAUGAAGUCAAAGCUGGAAUUGAAGAAGCCAAUGCGAAUAAAGGGAUUCCGGAGGAAUACAGAACCACUCAGACCGAUUUCAAGAUCGGAUACUAUCGUCAACAGACAUUAAAGAUGGUAUUCAAGUUUAUGCAACAUAUGAUGGCUCAAUCCGGAGGAAAUGCCGAUAGAUUACUCAGAAAUUUAAUUGAUAGCCCAAAACUCCUUACCGCACUAAAGAUUGUCAUUGAGAAGGGCGCGAUCUGGGGAAGUCAUGUCUGGAGCACAGUGGUAGGUAUGGUUAGUGCGUUUAUACACAAUGAGCCAACCAGCUAUGCGGUUAUCCAUGAGGCCGGGCUGAGUCAUGCUCUUCUGGAGUCAGUAACCGGAAAAUCGGGAUUGGCUGAAAAGGAAGCAAGACUAAAGAAAGAGGAAGAGGAACGGAUAGCCAAUGCAUCCACAGCCGAGAGCUCAAGUGCUGGUGCGAACGCUGGGGGCGAGGAAGAUGAAAGAAUGGAGGAAGAGUCGACCGAAGGAGAAUCUAGUGUUAAAGGAAAGUCUAAAGAGGAGGGAAAAACUGAGAUGAAGAAAGAGCUUCCUCCAAGAGUUCACCCUCCAGCAGCCGGAAUCAUGACCUCCCCAGAUGCCAUUGGAUCAAUUCCUACAGCAUUCGGUGCCAUAUGUCUCAACUCCUCCGGCUUGGCUUUGUUCCAGGCAUCAGGUGCUUUGGAGACUUUCUUCGAAGUGUUUGAGAGCGCAGAACAUGUUAAGAAUAUGACGGAUAAUGAACUUGGCAGUUUACUGGGAAGUCAAUUUGAUGAGCUGAUUCGACACCAUCCUGUUCUUCGGGAGAGUGUUAUGAAGGUUACAAUUGAGAUGUUACAGAGAAUUGAGGUACUAGGUAGGCGAUUUGCUGAAGAGAAGGGAAUGGGUGCAAAGGUCUGGAUGGAGGAUGGAUACGGCGGGAUGGUCGUUGCUGGAGGUAGGAAGGCAUUGAUUGGGGGGGGGGAGGUAGUCAAGUCUGAGGGGAGCUCGGCGGUCAACAUUGCCGAAGGUUCAAGCAAAUCACAGGUUACUCUCGACGAGACAGAGCCCGACGGCGCGCCAAAAGGUGAAGUGGUCGCCUUGGCUGAUAUCUUUGAUGAAGAAGCCGAGGAUGCGGAUAAAAACCAACCCUCUAUUGCAAACUUCAUCGACGUUGCAGCUAGGUUCCUGGAAGGCUUUUUGGCGAACACAAGCCAGACAAAAGACUUCAUCAAGCGUGGUGGUUUAGAUCUCAUGCUUGACUUCUAUACUGUUCCAAGUUUGCCUAGCGACUUCGCAACCAGCCAAGCAAAUCUUAUGAUUGCCCGUGUCAUGCAAAUCUGCAGCGAAAAUACUCCCACCACUACGAUCGCCGCCACACUUAAGCAUGCCCAGAAAGCCAUAAAAGAAUUGGAACCGUUGCUGAGACAUAACAAAAAAGAAGGCUUCUUUGCACCGCUCACAAACCAGAAAGCUUCACCUCUCCCCCCACGCUUACAAGCAGGGGUUCCAGCCAAUGAUGAUCAUGGAACAGCGGAGCCAACAACCACACCUGGCGAUGAGCUCGACCUCGUAACCGUUCAAAAUAUCAGAUCCAACGGCACAAAACUCGUGAAAGACCUUGUAACUAUCCAUUCGCUUUGCUAUCUCCUGCAUGAAUUAUUCGGCACACCAGUAUUUAAUACACGCCUUACGUUGUCGUUGUUUCAAUCAGCCGAGAAUGAAACCUUGGUUCAACAACUGGGUGCUUUGCACAGAAUGUGUGUUUGGGAAGAAAUCCUUCUUCAAAAGACUAUUCCAGAUACGUGGAAUGAAGCCACAAGAGUCAAGACUGCUGCCGGUAUUGCUGCGGCUGCUGAAGAAGAAGCUGCUCUUCCAGCUGCUGUUGCAUCUGCCUCUGCCGAAAUCGCAGGCCAAGGUCCAAAAUCACAGGAUGAACAAAAGGAAGCUGAAAAGGCUGUGGUUGAGAAAGAUGGCAAAACUCCAUGGUUCCGGAAUGUAAAAACAAUUCGAUUUUUGAUUAGUCAGAUUCCGUCAAGCAUUACUCCAUUUCUUCAAGGUCUUGCGAGAGGCUUAGUCUCAAGGCGUAAUCCAGAUUUGAUGCAUAAACAACAUGCUUUUAAGAUCGCAGAGAAUAUCUCAGAAGCCAUGUACGACCAUUUGACAUGGAAGAGAUUAGACACAUGUGACUCGGUGACAGAUAAAUAUGGUUACUGGAUCGUAAUGUUGGCUUCUAUUACAUCACUGUUACUUGAAGAGAAAGGGACUGGACAAGUCAUCACCACUACAUUAAUUACGUUCAAACAAAACGACGGGAUCAAGGCGGUUACAGAAAUACUCGAGACAUUCUGGAAUGAGGUUCAACUUUUACCCUCAUUGAGCGAUGCUGAACAUAUGGGUAAAGAUGGUCAACAGAGGAUGGCGCAUGCGUAUGGUGGCAUCAAGAUCAUCUUAUCACUAUUUACCCACCUUGUUUCUAACAAGUCUGUCCUUGAAUCGGCGCAAACCCAAGCGCUUCAAACCCGCGAUCGCCCACCUGAGCCGAACCGGCCAGACCUUUGGAACGCUUAUCAAUUUCUUGUUGAGCUGAGAGCCAAUAUCCUUCCAGUUGUUAGAAGUAUGUGGGACUCAGGUUCUAUUGAGAAGGCGUCUGGUUCUAUUGUUAAAUCUGCUAUUGAGAUCCUCGGGAUCGUGCUUAAAGCAGAGGGCGAGGGUAAUGCAUUUACGAAGAAGGAUGUCGAGGCCAAGAAAUUGACAAAUACGAUCUCUUGGAGGACUAUGGAACCAAAUGAAGAACGCAUCAGACAGCUUGUUGAAAUGGGGUUCGCACGCGAGCUUGUUAUGUCCGCAUUGUUGAGAUGCAAUUGGAAUGUGACGCACGCUUCAGAAUGGCUCACCUCUUUAAGAAUUCAACCCCCAGGCCAGCGAGGGAGCCAGAUCUCGGCAUCAAGUUCCAGACCACACACAGCUGAAUCAAACUCAAGCGAUGAAGAGGAAGAGACAGAUAUUGAUGCCAGGGAUGAGUCGGUCUCUGAGACGCCUGCUACAGCUACGGAGGGCGAACAGUCUUCUGAAAUCAAUAUACCACCACCACCGCCACCACCACCGGCCGCACCAGUCGAUGAUGCUGUAAUGGCAAUGAGUAUCGAAGAUCUUAUUACUCCUAGCUUAGUGCCACCACCUCCUGCAGCGGCUGAGUCACAGUUAAUUUCUCCAAUCGCAGAGGCUUCAUCUACCACAGCUGAAAAGGGCAAAGGAAAGGAGGGUCAAAUAUCAGAGCCGGUGACUAUCACAGUUGAGGAUUUGGAUGCGCUUAGGUCUACGAUCCGAGAAAGCCUUAUCAAUCGCUCACUUGACAUUCUUCAAGUUCACCCCAACGUCACUUUUGAGCUUUCAGCACUGAUCACAAACGGGUUUGGAAAGACAGCAGAGUCGGCCGAGAUUCGCAAGGAGGUCGCAACAACUAUUUUUCAAUCUCUUAUGUCGUUGCAAAUGGAUGAUGAUUUUCGCCCUCAGGGAAAAACUAUUGCUUCAACUGCACAUCUUCUUGGUCUUGUACUUCAAAGUCAGGACUUUUUCGACGCAUGUUUGGAGGAUCUUAAGGACAACAUUCCAACUCUUGUAGGGUUUAUCAAAAUCUACCCUGGAGAGCCCGCACCCUGGGUCGCCAAUAUUCUUCUUGUAGUUGAGAAGGUGCUAUCAGAAUCUGCACAACCGCGUAGGGUUAAUUUCACCCCGCCUGGUGAGCCAGAAACUGAAAACGUUGCUGAGCUCGAUCCUUGCAAUAUCUCGGACGAAAAUCAGUCUUCUCUCUUUGAGGCGAUUAUGUCAGUUAUUCCUGAGGUUUCUAAGGACGAAGUUUUGCCUUUGGCCAUCGUUCGUGUCCUUGUUCUUCUCACUAGGCGUAGGGAUUUGGCCAUCCGCAUGACAGAGAAUGGUUAUUUGCAGCGAUUAUUCCAUAUGUUCCGCCGCCAGUCCGGGCUAAGUACAGAACGCAUUCAAUCUUCAAUCAUGCUGGUUCUUCGUCAUAUCAUCGAAGACGUGGAUAUUCUUAAAUCGAUCAUGAAAGCCGAGAUUCGUUCUUGGUUCAACAGCAGAGGAACCCGUCAGAUCGAUACGCAGUCUUUUAUUCGGCACAAUCAUUACCUUGUUCUCAGGGAUCCAGAGGUUUUCGUGGAAGUUGUCAACGAACUUUGUAAAUUGACGAGGUACGACCCGCACUUGAGGAGUCAGACAAUUGCGAUCAAAGAUUCGUGGCGUUUGAACCCCUCUCAACCUUCUGCGGAAACCCCCAAACCUUCUGAAGGCGAAUCCAAGGAAGGUGAAUCCAGUAAAGAUUCUGGAGAUAAAGAGACUGUCGAUAAACCAAAACCUGCUCCUGAGACUAAGCCUCCCGGGCUAAAGAAGCCUGAUGGUGUUAUCCACUUCUUGUUAUCAGAGCUAUUGGCAUGCAAGGACAUUGAAGAUUCUAUCCCGGUUACCCCCCCUCCCGUCAAGGAAGAGGCCCCACAAGCACAGGUGGAUAUUCAAAUGGACAACACAGAACCUGCAUCCGGGGUUGUCACCGAACAACAAACCUCACCAGCUGAUCCGAAGAAGCCCGAGAAACCCGAGAAACCCGAGUUCAAGGCUGAGCAACACCCUACUUUCAUCUAUCGGUGUUUCAUACUGCAGGCCUUGACGGAGUUGCUGUCCUGUUACAAUCGCAGCAAGAUCGAAUUUAUCAACUUCUCUCGCAAGGCAGCACCAAGAGAACCCAUAACUCCUUCGAAGCCGAGAUCAGCUAUUCUUAACUACUUGUUGAACGACAUAAUCCCCCUGGGAACACUCCUUCACACCGAGGAUAUCGCUUACAAGAAAAGGGCCACAACUUCCCAAUGGGCGAUUCUAGCAAUCGUUUCAUUGUCUGCUCAAACUGGGGAAAUUACGAAUUCUGAAGACGAACCCAAUCUCCUUUUUGUUAGGAAGUUUAUUCUCGAAAGUGCCCUCAAAGCCUUCAAGGAUGCGUCCUCAUCAACAGAACUACUAGACACUAAAUAUUCUAGAAUGAUGAGCCUCACAGAUCUCUUUUUCAGAAUGUUGUCCGCGAGACCAAACCACAACCACGCACCAGGCGCAAUUUCUUCCGAAAAGUCCUCGCAGCAGAUUGCCAAAAUCAUGUUUGACAAAAAUUUCAUUGCUGCAUUGACAAGUUCGCUCGCUGAUAUUGACCUUAACUUCCCAUCUGCGAGGAGGGUCAUUAAGUAUAUCUUGAGGCCACUAAAACUUCUUUCCAAGACUGCUACAGACCUCAACGAAAGCUCUAGCAUUUCAUCUUUGGGUGCAACUGACGAGGAUGAGAUUUCAACGGCCACCUCGGUUUCUGAUAUCGACGAUAUGAGGGAGGAAACUCCUGAUCUAUAUAGAAAUUCUACUCUUGGCAUGUUCGAAGGGGGAGAAAUGGCGGAUGAUGAUCAGGAUUCAUACGACGAAGACGAGGAUGAUGAUGAUGAGAUGUAUGAUGAAGAGAUGGAAAUGGAAGAAGAUAUGGAGGAUGAAGGUGAAAGUGAAGUCAGCGACGAAGACGAAGAUCACCAAGAAGAUAUGGAUGUUGAAAUUGUUGUGCAAGAAGAGCAUCAUGACGAUAGCGAGGACGAAGAUGACGAUGACCUCUCCGAAGAUAUGGAUGAGGGUGAAGGAGUGGAAAUUAUUGAUGAAUUAGCUGAGGAGCACCAGGGUACCUACGGAAGCGGUGGUGAAGAUGAUUGGCAGUCGGAAGUCAGUGAGGAUGAUGAUGGGGACGAUGAAGAAAUUAUCACAGACAAUCCUCUGGAAACAAUUGUUCGUGCUCUCGGGGGGCCAGAAGAGGUUCCUGAGCCAGGUGAUGAAGACCGGGACGAUGGUUUCAUCGAUGAUGAAGUUGAAGAAGAAGACGAGGACGAGGACGAUGAUGACUUGGAUGAAGAGGAAGCCAUGAUACGCGAAGAUUAUGAAGAUGAUGAAGGUGCGUUCUCUGCUGUUCCGUGGGGUUGGGCGGAGGAAGCGGGUGAAGCUCCCAUGAUGGCUCGCGCACACCCGCGUGGCCACGGUGGAUGGUAUACUCUUGGUGGGCCUCCUCGCGACCCCCCGGUAUUCAUGUCGAACGCUCGUACACACCGUUACAUCGGCGCCACCCACGCACGCGCUGCCGACACUACAGAUCAAAACCCUCUUUUGCAGCAAAAUUCCAGUGAGCAAGGUGGUACUCGCCCCGCUCCUCAUCGUAACCAGGAGUUCAUGACAGAUUGGGUCCAAGCUAUCGAUGGAAUGCAUGCGAACGCCGCUGGGGGACCAGGUGGUGCAGUUUCAAUGAUCAGCACACUAAUGAGCCUUAUGACACGUGCGGGCCAACCUGUUCCAGUCAUGACCAAUGGUGCAAUUCAGUUCCAAGCACCUCUUCCUCAUUUGGCUGGACACGGACAUCAUCAUCAUUUCGUUCCGCGUGAAAUUCGAUCGAUGUUUACUGGGGGUAGACCUCAACCCGAGAUUUCGCGACACCAUCGUGAAGACCCCCAAACUGCAGUCAAUAGCUUCAUUCCUACCCUGACUACUGGACGCUGGACCGAAGAGUCCAAACUUUUGUUCGGCACGACUGCCCCUGAUAGGGCUCAGAAAGUAGUUAAUGCCAUACUCGUCCUUCUUGUCCCGCCUGCCAUUGAGGAAGAACGAGUUCGGAAGGAAAAAGAGGAGAAGGAACGGCAAGAGGCACUGAGAUUGGCUGAGGAACAGAAAAAGAAAGAGGAGGAGGAGAGAAUUGCCAGAGAAAAAGCUGAGGAAGAAGAAAGGCUUAAGAAAGAAGCAGAAGAGCGUGAAGCGGCAGAGCGAGCGGCUGCUGAGGCGGCGGCGGCUGCUGCUAACGAAGCGGAGACCGUUCGGGUCGAAGAAACGCCAAAGGUAGGGGAUGCUAUGGAAGGGGUUGAGACCGCAGAGAGCUCAUCUGCUCCUGCCGUUGAAGGCGAAGCAGGCCCUUCGAAUCCUCCGGCACCCCGUGCUACGGUGAUGAUUCGUGGGAGAGAGAUGGAUAUCACUGGCAUGGAUAUUGAUCCCGGCUUCUUGGAGGCACUGCCGGACGAACUUAGAGAAGAGGUUCUUACUCAACACAUCCGCGAGAGACGUGCCGCAGCAGCUACCAGUGACCAGCCCAGUGACAUCAGCCGAGAGUUCCUCGAGGCAUUGCCUGACGAGAUUCGUGAAGAGCUCCUCCAGCAAGAAAUGGCUGACCGUCGACGUCGCGAGCGAGAACAUGCUCGAAAUAGUAGACCUUCUCAUCUUGGUGGGGCCGGCGGCGGUGGUGGUGGACCAGUAGAUCUUGAUCUCGCCAGCUUCCUUGCAACUCUCGAGCCUGGACUCCGCCAAACUGUACUGUUGGAACAAGAUGAUGAAUCUCUAGCUCAACUUCCACAGGCAAUCGCUGCAGAGGCCAAUGCUCUUCGUGGCGACCGCAGGUUCAAUCAGUUUGUCGAAAUGCCCAGACCUGCCGGCGGUAGAGGAGUUGGAGGUAUUCGUCACGAAGAGCCGAAGCCUGCUAAGAAACCUGUUCGCAAGAGUGUCGUUCAGUUGCUUGACAGAGCUGGUGUUGCCACAUUACUCCGCCUCAUGUUCAUCCCUCAGGUCGGAAGUACCCGCAUGACUCUACAUGAGAUUCUUCUAAAUAUCUGUGAGAAUCGUCAAAACAGAGCGGAAGUUCUCAGCGUGCUUCUUUCGAUCCUCGCGGACGGAAGUGCUGACAUGGCCGCUGUUGAACGAAGCUUUGCCCAACUCUCUGUCAAAGCAAAACAAGCUGCAGUCACGAAACCCCCUCCAACACCCAGUCUUAAACGAACUGGUACAGGACCACUUGCUCAGACUAGCAGCGAAGUUUCGCCGCUCAUGGUUGCUCAACAGUGCUUGGCCGCAUUAUUAUUUUUGGUCAGCUAUAAUGAACAUAUUCCCUCUUACUUCUUGAACGAGCACGAAAAUUCAAGUGGGUUGAAGAGGUCGACUAGUCGGAAAGGCAAAGCCAAGGAGGUCGUACCAUCAAAAGCUAGCAAAUAUGCCCUCAAUAUCCUUCUGAAUUUGUUGGACCGACCCCUCAUUACAGAGAGCUCAAGUGUGAUGGAUCAGUUGUCAGUACUACUAUCGGAAAUUACCAGGCCGCUCACUAUCCUUCUCAAGAAAGACAAGAAAAAGCCCGAAGAACCAAAAGCUGCGGAGCAAAUUGCUGAGGGUGAACCUGCGGCUGCUGCUCCAGCGACCACGGCAGCAGAUACCACCACAGUACCAACCACAGAAGGCGAAGGGCCAACGGAACCACCAAAAGAGGAGCAAGAUAAGAAAGAGGAGUCAAAAGAGGAUGACAAGCCCAAGAAACAGCGUACUUUGGUCCCUCCUGUUGUCCCGGAACCCUACCUCCGAUUUGUUGUCAAUAUCUUAACAGCCCGUGAAUGUUCAAGCAAGACCUUCAGAGAAACACUUGCAACCAUGCAGAAUCUUUCGGCAAUCCCGGAUGCGAAGGACGUUUUUGGAAAAGAGCUGAUUCGCCAAGCAAAAGGACUCGGUGUCACAAUAUUAUCCCAUCUUGACGUCCUGGUAAAUCAAAUCAAGAGUGCAGAGAAUGGCACCGAGAUUCAAGGGUUGGCUCUAUCAAAUUUUUCGCCAGCCAGCUCUGAACAGGCAAAGCUUCUCCGAGUGCUCACUGCGCUUGAUUACCUUUUCGACCCCAAAAGAUCUGCCAAAGACAAAGAAGACAAGAAAGAGGGCGAGUCCAAAGACGAUGAAAAUAAAGCCGAAAAGGAUAUCCUUGCCAACCUUUAUGAGAGCCUUUCCUUUGGACCUCUGUGGACCAAGCUCAGCGAUUGUCUCUUAGCCAUCCAUGCACGGGAAGAUAUGUUACACGUCGCCACCAUCCUCUUGCCGUUGAUCGAGGCCUUGAUGGUUGUUUGCAAGAACAGUGGAUUGAAAGAGACGGUCCCAAGAUACCACCGCGGCCAAACCCCGAUGAGUCCCCAAGUUGAAACUGGAAUGGAGAAUUUGUUCUUCAAAUUCACCGAGGACCACCGCAAAAUCCUCAACCAAAUGGUCCUUGAGUUUGACAACAAGCGGAACUACUUCAACCGCCGCCUUCAUUCUCGCAGCGGUGCUCGCGAUCCUCAUCCUACAUUGCAACUCAGUGUUAGACGUGAUCAAGUCUUCUUGGACUCGUACAAGUCAAUGUAUUACAAGACUGGUGAUGAGAUCAAAUACGCCAAAUUGAGCAUCCGAUUCCAUGGAGAAGAGGGAGUUGACGCCGGUGGUGUCACAAGGGAGUGGUUUCAAGUCAUGGCUAGGCAAAUGUUCAACCCGGACUAUGCUCUUUUUAUUCCGGUUGCUUCUGAUAGAACGACAUUCCACCCAAGCCGUAUGAGUGCUGUCAAUCCUGAGCAUCUUAGUUUCUUCAAAUUUAUCGGAAGAAUCAUCGGAAAGGCUUUGUACGAAGGACGUGUUCUCGAUUGUCAUUUCAGUAGGGCGGUCUAUAAGCGAAUCCUUGGAAAGUCAGUAUCUUUGAAGGACAUGGAAACUCUUGACCUCGAUUACUACAAAUCUUUGCUUUGGAUGCUUGAUCAUGAUAUUACUGACAUCAUCGUUGAAACUUUCUCGGUUGAGACCGAUGAUUUUGGCGACAAAAAGAUCGUUGAUUUGGUUCCAGAUGGAAGAAAUGUCCCUGUGACGGAGGAAAAUAAGCAUGAAUACGUGAAGUUGAUUGUCGAGUAUAAACUUUUGACUAGUGUUCAGGAACAGAUGGAACAUUUCUUGAUUGGUUUCCAUGAUAUCGUCCCUGCUGAGCUGGUUUCUAUUUUCAAUGAACAAGAACUUGAACUUUUAAUUUCCGGUUUGCCUGAGAUCGAUGUCGAUGAUUGGCGAAAUAACACAGAGUAUCACAACUAUUCGGCCUCUUCUCCUCAAAUCCAAUGGUUCUGGCGUGCAGUACGAUCCUUCGACAAGGAAGAACGCGCCAAGCUGCUCCAGUUCGUUACGGGCACCAGUAAAGUACCCCUCAACGGGUUCAAGGAACUUGAGGGCAUGAACGGGUUUUCAAAGUUCAACAUUCAUAGGGACUAUGGUAGCAAAGAUCGUCUGCCUAGUUCACACACUUGUUUCAACCAAAUUGAUCUUCCAGAGUAUGAGAGUUACGAGAAUUUGAGACAAAAUAUGUUGACCGCAAUCACACAGGGAGCAGAGUACUUCGGUUUCGCGUAA